CGUAAAUCCGCACAUGCGCUGUGCAGACCCUUAAACAGUCCUUUUUAUGCCUAGCGUUGAACGACUAGCAUCAAACGAGCAUAAAGAUGCAGCUCUUCUUGCGUGGCCAGAACACUCACACCCUUGAGGUGACUGGAGAGGAGACUGUUGGCCAGAUCAAGGCACAUGUCCAGACUCUGGAAGGUCUCCUGGUUGAGGAUCAGGUGCUGCUGCUUGCUGGGUGUCCUCUGGAGGAUGAUGCCUCCCUGGUGUCUUGCGGUGUCUCAGAGCACUGCACCCUGGAGGUAGCUGGCAGGCUCCUGGGAGGUAAGGUUCACGGCUCUCUGGCCCGUGCCGGAAAAGUGAGGGGACAGACUCCCAAGGUUGACAAGCAGGAAAAGAAGAAAAAGAAGACUGGCCGUGCUAAGCGCCGCAUCCAGUACAACAGGCGCUUUGUGAACGUUGUCCCCACCUUCGGAAAGAAGAAGGGACCCAAUGCCAACUCCUAGAUGAUCCAAAGGAGAAAUGGCAUACCAAGUUAAAUGUUAUCCUGUACAAAAUAAAAAAGAUUUGGCUUGGUUUAAAUGUGUCAUUUGUCCUGCAGUGUAAAUCUAGAUCUUUGGCAAAUCAGUUUUUGCAGUUUCUUAAUAAAGACAUUCGUCCUGCA